CUUGCAUUUUUUUACCAUAAAAAACUGUGAACUCUCGCAAUAAUCCUCGCUCGAUUCAUGUUUUUUUUGUGACGUCUCUAGUAUCAGGAGGAGCUACUUCUUUACUCUGUGUAUGACUUUGAUACAGAACGGAAGGCGGAAAGAAUUCAAUCAUUGACAGACUCCAAAAAUUCAAAAAUCACAACAUAGGUGUAGUUAUACGAAAAAAUAAACAGUGAUCGCCUAUUUUUUGUUCGACGACUUGUGUCGAAUUUAAACUGCUUGGAUAUUGGGUCAACACAAUAUUUGGUAGUAUUACCUGAGUCUUGUGAACAUCAUCAUCAUGACGGCGGUGAUGCCAGCCAACACGCAGUCGCCCCUGCGGGUUUUGCACGUUGCGGGAAGCGGCUGUGAUGACUUUUACUUCAAGGUAUAAAAUUCAGCUGGUGCAAAAAAUAUCAUCAUCUCUUUUUCAUCCAUGAUUGAAGAACAAUGAAAAUCCUUACGCUCCCAUACACCAGCUUACAGCAAAGAGAAAAUCACAGUCAUUUGUCACUCUUCCAAAAAUUUUUUCUUCUCAGGUUUCCUUGUUGUACUCCAAGGCAGCUUGGGUGUUCCCGAAGGAACAGGUGACCGCGUACUACGCGAUCGGGUGCCCCGACGGGUCCUGGUUUCUCUUCGAGAAUGACGUUUCCAACAUCGAGGUGGAGGAUUUCGCCUGCUACCUGAAGGAGCACAACCAAACACAGCACGACAAGCGUUUGUCCAAGACGGACACCCGCGCCAAGUCGCGGAGCAGUAGCGUGAUCUCGACCACCGGCUAUUAUAAUGAAAAAUGCCCCCACCCCGGAAUCUGCAGAAGUUUCUCAUGCAAAGUUUCCAAAUGAAUGCUUUAGCUUUUUGCCUUGCAUGAAAGGACUACGAGCCUUUCUGAUGCAUAAUCUAGGUGCGUUAGGUGUCUUUUGCAUAAGAGAUCCGACUGCGGUUGGGCUCCUUCGCAACACAAAUCUGAGCGAUUCAGCAUGGAAAAUUUGUGAUGCCGAUAUAUGCAAGACGGGAAAUGUUUCUAUUGGAAAGGUUUGCAAUACAAAUGCUGCCAAGUUCUGGAGUGGGGGCAUUUUUCAUUGCAAUACCGGCAGCGAAGCGUGCAGCACCACUUGUACAUCUAGCCCGAGCGUGGUUUCGUCCGACUUAACCCCGCACCAACAAGAACAAGCGAAGAACGUUUUAAUCCAGAAAAAAGCGAACACGAAGGAUUUGCUGAAGACGAAGAAGAACCUGAUCCUCGCGGUCGGGUCGCUCGGGGAGUUACUCGCGUUUCUCUCUACCGCCAAGCAGACCCAGAAUUUAGAUGUCGUCGUCCCGCACAUGUUUGACUUUCCCGGCAUGACCAGUUACCGCGCGCUGUUUGAGGAUAUGCUCGGGAUCUCCGUCUGCGGGCCGGACAACGUGCACAACGUGGUCGCGCAGGACAAGGCGUUGACGCGGUCCGUUUUGCAGGAGGUUCCGGGCGUGAAGAUCCCGAAGGGGCAGACGUUACGGAUCGUGGAAAACACGAAUGUUGAGAUGAAAAACCUCUCCCCGGUGGAGCAAGCCGUGAAACAGCAGCUCCACAUGCAGCCCCCGUUCGUCGUGAAGCCGGCGCGGGAGGACAACAGCCGGGGUGUCGGGCUGGUGAAGAAAAAUGACUCGUACGAAGCGAUGCUGGCGAAAAUCGAGAUCGCCUUCUCCUACGGCGACACGGUGGUGGUCGAAGAGUUCAUCCCCGGGCGCGAGAUGCGGGUCGGGGUGAUCCAGGAGAUGGCCAAGAACGACUUGAACGAGGACGAAAUCGUGACCAAGCCCAUCCCGGGGAUGGUCGAGUAUUUCAUGAUGAACCCCGACAUGCCGAUCCGAACGGAGACGGACAAACUCACCUCGACGGACAGCAACAAUAACGAUAAUGAGGAGAAAGAAAAAAAGCCGUCGACAAACAACUUUGUCCAGACGAAAUGCGCGCGGACCUUCACUCCCGAAGUCUCCCCCGAGUUGCGCGCGAAUUUGGAAAGGCAAACGGCCCUGGCCUUCCAGGCCCUGGCCGGCCGCGACUACGGGUUGUUUGACUACCGUGUGCAUGAAGAAACCGGGGAGGCGUACAUCAUUGAGUGCUGCUCGUUCUGGAGCUUCUCGCCGAUCUCCGCGAUUUCUCUCCUGUUGGAAAACUCCUACGGGCCGAACAGUUUUCAGCAGGCCGUCAUGAAUGUGUGGCAGCUGUGCGCGAUCAGAACGCAGGAGAUGCGGAAAAACGACUUGGAGGUCGAGGAAGUCUUCGAGGCCCAGAAGGAGCGGUCGAAAAACAGCUCCUCUGAGAUUGACGAGGAAAUGGAGGUCGAGCAGAUGCUGUUGAGCCCGGAUAAUUCUGGUUCGGGUUCGACUGAGUUGAGCUCAAACUGCUUGCGGGCCCGCUUCACGCCGCUAGUUGCCGACGAUGAGAACGAUUGCGUCUUCAAAACGAGCACCAGUGGAAACCUGCACGACCAUUCUCCCGUGAUCCGCUUCAAUAUCAACAAGAAGCUGGAGCUGCCGGAGCUGCCCUGCGACAUCACGAGCCGCGAGAACACGCGGACGGGUGACGUGCAGCAGCUCGCCAACACGAUUGCGGCCGUGAAUUUCGGUGCGAAUUUCUUGAGGAGUGUGUGCACCGAGGAGGUAGUACUGGACCGGCUGCGGUGCUUCGUGCACAUCAUGCUGCUGCUGUUCCUCUUGCCGGUAUCCUUUUUGUACGCGGUGUACAAUUAUUGCCUGGUUUCCUUCGACGAAAAUUCCGCGCAACACCUUUCCUUCCGCAAAAUGAAGAAGCUGAUGGCCCGGAGCGUGCGGAACAAGCAGGACGGGGAGAAAAUCACGAUUUUGGUGACCGGGGGGAAGAUGAGCAAAGCGUUGCACCUCGCCCGGUGCCUGAAGCGGGCGGACCCGAAGAAGAUCAGCAUCGUUCUCGUGGAAACGAAGAAGUACUGGGUCUCUGGCGCGCGGUUUAGCAACGUGGUCGACCACUUCGAAUCCGUCGCCGAUCCGGUCCGGGAAGACGCCGAGCAGUACCAACGGGACCUGCUUGCGUUGUGCGUGAAGUACAAUGUGCGGUUCUUUGUGCCCGUCAGCAGCCCGGUGUCUUCGGUGCAUGAUGCGAGAUUCGGGGAGACCUUCCGGCAGUCAACCCACCAAUACAGCUGCAACGCCCAUUUGUGGAACAAUUCCGACAAGAACCACGCGUGCCUGGACCACAAUUCGUGGUCGCAACUGUUGCUGCACCAGAACCAGGCGGUGUGCCUGCGCCCGGAGCUGUGCGAGCAACUGGACAACAAACACACUUUUGCCGAGUUCUGCAACAAAAACAAGCUUCCCGGGAUUCUGCAGUCCUUCAUGGUGAAGUCUGACGACGAGGUCUUGCGGUUAAACGACAAGUUGCUUUUGGAGAAAGAACAGAAUACCAGCAGCAACAAGACCUACGUGCUGAAAAACCUGACCUACGACCCCAUUCACCGCUUGGACUUGUUUCAGCUGCCCUGCAGCGACCAGGAGAUGCUGGAGGACUAUUUGGAGAAGGUCCGCGACGACGGCAACGCGAUUAGUGCCACGGAACCCUGGCAGGUGCAGGAGUUCGUCGCAGACGGUGCCGAGUACUCCGCCGCCUUACUCGUCCGUGGCGGCGAGUGCAAGAUGCUUACGGUUUGUGAAUCUUCCGCAUCGCAGUUGAACUACGCGCAUGUCCACGUACCGGAGAUCGAGGACUGGGUCUACGAGUUCUCAGCGAAACUCGGCGCGGAUUGCUGCGCGCUGAUCUGCAUGGACUUCAUCUUGGCGAAGGCUUCAACUACAUCGGGGAAGAGUAGAACGGUGCAUCCGCUGGAAUGCAACCCGAGGCUGCAUUCCCAGUGCUCCGUGUUCAGUACCUACAAGAUGCAGAAGCAGUUGGGUCAGGCUGUGUUGGGCAUUGUGCCGAAGCAGGCAAAUAGCAGUCCGAAGAAUUCUCCUGUGUGUGGGGGAAAACCGAAGCAGGUGCUGCAGCCCGACGAGCACUGCCGCCAGCUGUUUUUCCUCGCGAACGAGGUGUUGAAGGUGAUUCCGGUUUGUGUGCAGACCAGCAUGGGGCUGCGGUACGGAAACAGCACGUCUCUGACCGACUUCGUGCACCGGAUGUGCACGGAGCAGGACGCGGACUGGGACCCGGCCGAUCCGCUGCCCAUGCUGUUCCGCAACCACUUUCAGCUCCCGCUGUUGCUCUUCUCGACGCUGUUGAGCACGCGAGCGUGGAAGAAGUGCGACUUCUGCAUCGGCAAGGUGGUCGAGACCGGCGGGGAUUAAAAAUGGGAUGUUGGGAAUCUUUUGUAAAAAAAAUGCGAAUUUGAAAUUUGGUACCACAUGCAAAUGAGAAUGGAUGUUGAACCUGCAACUGCAAUUUACAGAAUUUGACUAACAUAUGCAAGAAGAGCAACCACAGAGAUAGUUAUCCCCUGCUGCUGCCCAACAGCGUGUAGUUAUAUCACCUGCGUCAAUUGAUUGUAAAAGCUACACCGUCCUCGUUGAACCUGAACAUGUGCAUCAAACUUCUUACACAGUGUGAAGUAAAAAUAGCUCCUCCAUUUGAUAAGCAUGCUGCGCUUGUUUCAAUGAAUUUUUCUGGUCGAAAACACAAAACGGAAAACUAGUGUGAAGUGGAAAAAAGCAAAGUCGUAGUUACAAGUCCGCAGCGAGAAGAAAUCUUUAUUGAAUUUGUUCCCUACUUUGCGCAUAUAAGUACGAUUUACCGUUUCCCGAGAAGUACUCCCUUUCUUUACAACUUUACGAUUUUGUAUGUGCAAGACUACAGCUCUUGUUGUGCUAUUUUCGGUAGUAGUUUAACUUUGACACAAAAAGCAUUUGGAACUAAAUACCCUACGGAUAUGUUUGAGUCGAACGAUCUGCGAAAGGAGGACUACAAUUAUCGACACGCUACUACGACCAUAUAAUCAAAAGCAGGGAGGUUGCGAGAACUGAUCGGUAUGCGCAUCUUUUCUGCAUCUACUCUUUGCAUGGUUAUACUGGCUGCCAGUACUUUUUGGGUUGUUUGACAAACGAAAUAAACACCCUCCAGAACCUCGGCAUUACUCCUUAGGAAGUCCAACACUCACUGGUUACUAGUAGAGGGUUGCACGGUCCGAUCUAUGUGAACUGUAUCAAAAAAAGUAUGUGGAGACAAUCAUGUUUGUGCUCUUUCCAAUAUCGAAUACUCACCGUUUUUGUGUCUUAAACCUGCCAAUUUCUUUUUCUCGUUUCACAGUACUCUUAUUCAGUCGUAGUUCUUUAUCCGAGAGCCAAGUACCAACUAGAAGGUUGCAAAUAUUGAUGAAGGCGAGAAAAAUACACUGCAGCAGCAGAGCAAGAAAUUAAGACAACAAGAAAGACUGCUGUACGAUGAAGAGUAUCUCUGUAGCUGGGCUUGCAUUUUAUCGUUUACUGUUUCUGCAUUACACUCCACCAAGUACUAAAAACGAAGUAGCCCCUUUUUUCCCAGCAGAUCGUGAGUCCGUUUCGCAGUGUGCAGCGUAUCUUUGACGGGACGGGGUCUACCGAAUCUGCUGGAAUAAAUAUCAAUCUGAGCUGUGUUUUCGCCGUCAUAGCAGGAAAUUUCUAAUAUUGGGAUCGCGAUGAAAUGAAACGCUACGAAGAGAAUCUAGAUGAAAAAAACGAAACUUCAAGUAGUGGUUCUAGAUGCAAGAAAGAGUAAAAAGCUAACUCAUGCCUGUCUGUCUUCUCGCUGAGCCCUCUUCCCUUGGCGGUUGAUGGAAAAUCGAGAGAAUAGCUUGGUAUGACAGUUGGCCAUUUGCACCCUGGGAAUCAAAUGGUUAAUCGAGA